AUGUGGGACAUUAAAAAUUUAUUCUAAAUUAAAAUGCUCUCGAUUCUUAAAGAACAUUCAAAAAAAAUUUCAACUUUAAAAUUCAUAAAUGAUAAUUUAGCUUUUGGUUCAGGUAGCUUGGAUAAUAUUAUUUGUCUGAAAUUUACUAAAUUUAUAAUUAAUAGUUAAAUUGACAACUCAUUUAGAUCAAGUUUUAGAUCUUGCAUUUUCAUCUGAUGGAUAGCAAAUGGCAACUUCCAGUUUAGAUAAAAGAAUUAUUUUUUGGAGUAGGACUAACUUGGAUAAACCAAAAAUUUAAAUGAUAUUAUAACAGCAACUUGGAGCUCAAAAGAUUAUUUAUUGUCCAAAUAAAUAGAUCUUGGUAUCAUUAUAUGGCUAAACUUCUAAUGAGAUAAAAUUUUGGAAUUCUGCUGAAUUUAAUUUGAUUUCAAGUUAUGCGAUUGAAGCAUCAUAUAGAGAUAAUGAUAUCCUUUAGCUAGGAUAGAAUUCUUAGAAUAUGGAAAAUAAAUCAAUAAUGCUUGGAUAUUGAUAAAUAAAUCAAGAUUGAUGAAGGAGGACGACUUUAUAAAGUGUAUUAUCAGAAUAGUUAAAAUAUUAUUGCUCAUAUUGGAUUUAAUGUUUAUCAACUGGAAAUAUAAUUGAAUAAUCCUUAAAAAAAAAAGUUUUCCCUUUUCGGUGGAUGCCUAUUGUAUUUCAGUAUCUUAAAAUAAUAAAAUUAUCGCUAUCGCCAAUAGAGUUUUUAAUAGAAUAGAGAUUAUAGUUAUUGAAAAUUUCAAUAAUAACACUAAUAUUCAUUUUGAAGAGAAAAAUUAUAUCAAAGACUUUUUAUUUUCCCCUGAUUCCUCACUCUUAGCUAUUGCAACAAAUAAGGGAGCAUUCAUCUAAAAUAUUAUAACAAGUUAAAUAUUGUAGAAUUUUUAAGUGAGUAAAUGUUUUUUAUUGAUUUGUUUUCUUGGGAAAGAUUAAUUAGCAAUUGUUCUAAGUGGAUAACUAGUAUUAUAUGAUAUAAAAGAUCUUUAAUAAACAAAACUAUUAUCAGUUAUUACCUGAUCUUACUUUGAAAAUGAUUUUUUUAGAAAAAAUUAUAAAUUUGUAUAUUUAGUUAAAAUUGCAUAGCUUUGGUAAACAUGCUAAAAUAAUAGUAAAUUGAAUUAUUAAUAUUUGAUAAUAGAGAAAUAUCAAGAGAUGUAAUUUUUGAUUCAGAAAAAAUUUAUAGGAAUGGGAAUAGGAUAAGAUAUUUAAUUUAUAUCACUUGAAAAUACUAUUCCAGUUGAAAAAAUAUUCUAUUUAAUAGAAUAGAAUUAUCAUGUUGGCUAUUAUUAUUAAAAUUUUUCAUCAGAUAGCAAUAUUUUGUCAAUUUUAACAGCCAAUUUGAUAUAUUUUCAAUUAGAAAUUUGUUCUAAUAAGAUUUUAAAAUAAAUAAAUUUUAAUAAGUUUAAUUCAAAAUUCUGUGCAUUAAAUUAAUAAGAAACCAUGAAAUUCUAAGUAAAAACAAAUAUCAAUAAUUUGAUUUAGUGGAACAAAAAUUACUAUUAAUUGAAUUUGAAACUUAAAAAGUAAUAUCUUGUUUUGAAGAGGUACUUGAUUAAAAAUUCUAGUGUAUAGAUUGCAUUUUUUGUUAAGAUAAAUUAAAUUUUGUUACAAGUGAUUUAGAUUUAAGAAUUAAAUUAUGGGAUACUAAAUCUUGUAAAUUGCUCUCUUACUUUAAAACAGAUCCUGAAAGAAUAGAUAUGCUUACAAUUUCAAGUAGAGCAAUAUUAGCUUAAACUAGUUAUAAUAUCAUAAAGUUAUGGGAUUUAAAAACCUUAAAACAGUAAUAAUUUGAAAUAGAUGGUCAUUCUUAUUCUGUUAAUAAAGUAUGUAUUUCCUCAGAUGGUUUCCAAAUGGUAACAGGAUCAUCUGUUGAAAUAAUUAGAUGGGAUUUGGUGA